CAACCACACAGACAGCAUUCUUCCGCUAGAGACACCAGACUGAAAGAUCACCGCACCAGCUUUGUCUGUCCAUAUUAUUAUGCAGUAACUUAUAUAAACAUGGCGGUUUGUCAGCAUGCAUCAUCGCGAUAUGAUCAUCUAUAUACAGAUUUCAAGUCGUAGUUCAUCUCUUCGAAAGGGAAAAAUCGGGAUUUUAGGUUAUUAUACUAAGGCAUUAUAUAUACAUUAUAUAUUUUUAGUAUAGGUUACAAUAUAGCUUAUUUGAAACGUUAUGCAUAAAAUAUCUAAAAAGCCAAUAUCGGGCACUGAAAGAAACUGACUGAACUAACCAAGAAAAAAGCGUCAGAAAAAUAUGGGAUACAAGAUCCCAGGAGCUGCCAUGGAUCGAGUUAGCCAACUUUGGCGGUUGAGGCGCCGGGCCCGUCGAGGGGCCCUGUGCAUGGCGCUGUUCUGUAUGACUAUGGCUCUCCUUUACACCUUUUGUGCUGAAAAUAGCAUACCUGUCACAGAUGCCAUUUUCGGGGUGAAGGCGAGAACUCGAGCUCAGCCAAGAACGCACACAAUUGUUAAGGUAUUGCGGGGAACAGGAGGGUCAAAACCCAUGUAUUCUGACCCUCAAAAGCUUCCAGGUGUUAUUCCUGGAGAUCCUCAAAAGCCUAUUCCCAUCCUGUCGUCUUCUAACUACUCAAUGGAGAGCGGUACUAAGGAACGCAACCUCAGGGGCAAACGAAGAGAGCAUGGGCUAUUUUACUGGCUUCUAUCACAACCACUGAGGCGUGCUUUAGAGACUAUUUUUGGAGGCCGACGGAGAGGAGAUUUGGGAGCCACAAGUGUGGAUACUGUUAUUUUUGGGCCUAAUGGAGCACUCGGAAAGGUCUGGAAUGAAGAGAUGUCAAGUAGCAUGCUAGGAAAAAGGCUGAGGAAGGUGGUCCAGAAUUAUCAGGCAAUGAAUAAAUAUGGAGUUCGUUACUCUAGACCUGAGAGUGCAGCACGCCGUUCUAAACUCAGUGGCCCUGAACUUCUUUGUCAAAUCAAGAAUACGGUUCAGAUUGCAACUUUAACACCAGAUAUGGAGCCCUUUUCUGGGUUUCCUUGGGCCUCUCAGUUACCUCCACAGCAAAUUACUGCUAAUAUCGGUCCGUUCAAGACCUGCGCAGUGGUGUCAUCUGCAGGUUCUCUCAAAAACUCUGGAUUAGGAAAGGAAAUAGAUGAACAUGAUGCUGUAAUGCGGUUCAAUGCUGCACCAACAACAGGCUUUGAAAAAGAUGUGGGCUCUAAAACAACAGUGCGUCUGAUCAAUUCCCAGGUAAUGUCUUCUGAAGAUUACCAUUUCCUCUCCAGUAAUUUGUACAGUGCUGGGAUUUUAGUGAGCUGGGAUCCAGCCCCUUUUUCCUCUGAUUUACGGGAGUGGUUCAACAAGACAGAUUACCCUAUAUUUAAACAGUAUCAGCGAUAUCGACGCUUACACCCUCAACAGCCAUUUUAUAUUCUGCACCCACGAAUGGAAUGGCAGCUGUGGCAGCGAAUACAAGACAAUAUGGUGGAGACGAUACAAAAAAACCCACCCUCAUCAGGCUUGUUGGGCACAGUUUUAAUGAUGUCCCUGUGUGAAGUGGUACAUGUUUACGAGUUCCUGCCUUCGCGAAGGAAAACCGAGCUGUGCCACUACUACCAGCGAUUCAGUGAUGCAGCCUGCACCCUAGGUGCCUACCACCCUUUACUCUACGAGAAGAACCUGGUAAAGAGGAUGAACAAGGGGUCUGACCAUGACAUUUACACUCAUGGCAAGGUCACUCUCCCUGGGUUCAUGACCUUUGACUGCACCAACAGUUCCAAUUCCAGCUCUCUGUCAAAGAAAUAAUCUGAGGGUAAAGUGUUUUACUUGGUGCACUUUCAGAACAGUGCAUAACUUAGUCUACAACUGUAACAAGUAAAGUCUGGUUUUUGAGUGAGAUCAAGAGUUGGUUCACUGGUGGAAAAUAACAACAUAACACACUAACGAUUGCUUCCUGAAGGGAACUGAAUUCACACUGACACAAAAUGCUGAAAAUAGUGGCAAGUUCUGUAUAUGUGUAAACUACUCUCCAUCAUUCGUUAACUUAUCCCAUAGUAGUAAAUUCACACUGUUUGCUGUUAACUUACAGAAAAAGAUCUCAAUGCCACUUCUCUGCCUCUCAUUUGAGAUGCAACCACUGAAAAUGACUUUCAAGCACUGGCUGACACAUUACAGCACUGAUAUCAAAAGAACUGGAAUUUACAAUCUAACAAACAUACAGAUUAUUAGACAAGAACGUAGCCAAUAUUCUGUCCAUAAACAUGUAGCGUGCAAAACUCUUGUCCAAAGCUGGCCUGCUGAUUCCAUAAUGUGCAGGUUUUCAAUUUAUGCAACGCAAUCCUAACACAUCAUUCAUGCAAUAUUGUUAAUGAUUUGCCAGCAGACACAUGCCAUUAGCAAAAUAAUGCUUUAAAUGUAUGUAUUUUAUGAAAGCUGUAUUUCAAGGCCUGGAGAUCUGUAUGCAUUCAGUAUUUACACUGUGACGCCUUUCCUCUCACAGCACUCUGUAACCAGUUGUAGGGCCGUGGAGAACGUCCUCGCAUGCUUUACUGAAAUUGCACUAUAUCAUACCUUUGGUAAACCUGUAUUUAGUUGUAUUUAUGAACUUACCGAGAAGAAAACACAGAAUGUGCAUGUUUGUCCUGUUUUAUACAGAUCUGAAUUCAGUUUAGGUUCUUAAAACAUGAAAGCUAACACCCUUAUGCAUUUCGAAGAGAAAAAGGUGUUUAUUUUUCAUAGUAUUAUUUGAUUCUGUUCAGAUGAAUCCUGAAUGAUGCGAGACAGGGUCUUUCAAUAUUCAUAUAUUAAUUAGUCUAAAGGUUAACAUGAAAUUGCUUGUAAAAUCAUACCUUUGUACACUUCUAAAACAACUUUUUGGUCAGCACAAAUGGUUUGAUGUUGGCAUUACAGUAGAAUUGUGAAUCUUAAAUGUGAAUUGAGUAAAAACGUAUUAUUUUACAUUUCAACAUUUUAAAGCUUAUAUUCUCUUUCAUGUAAAUGGGUAAUUUGUAGCAUACA